UUCUGCUUUGUCCUAGCUGACUUGUCAGAGAAUAUCUACCAAUAAUCAGUCAUCAUGACUUCCUAUAGAUCCAGCGCUGCUUCUCACUAUUCAAGCUCAUCUGGCAAAGGUGGCUUUGGAGGCAGCAACUUUGGAGCAGGAGGCAGCAACUAUGGAGCAGGAGGCAGCAGCUAUGGAGGAGGCUUUAGCAGCGGUGCAGGCUCUAGCUUUUCUUCCUCUGGAGGUAACUUUGCGAUGGCAGCAGCAGCCAGUUCCGGCUUAAGCAACUUUGGUGGAAAUGAAAAGCAUGCCAUGCAGAACCUCAACGAUCGUCUUGCUACCUACCUGGAGAAAGUGAGAGCCCUGGAAGCCGCCAAUGCUGAGCUGGAAGUGAAGAUCCGCACCUGGUAUGAUAAGCAACCUGGUGAUGGCCUUGGCGCUGGGUCUAAAGAUUACAGCAAAUAUUUUGAAAUCAUCGCUGAGCUGAGGAACAAGAUUCGCAUUGCAACUAUUGAUAACGCUACAGUGACUCUGCAAAUCGACAACGCUAGACUGGCUGCUGAUGACUUCAGACUUAAGUUUGAGAAUGAGCUGACUCUUCGCCAGAGUGUGGAGGUUGAUAUCAAUGGCCUGCGUAAAGUCCUGGAUGAGUUGAACCUCGCUAGAGGUGAUCUUGAGAUGCAGAUUGAGAGCUUGACUGAAGAGCUGGCCUACCUCAAGAAGAACCAUGAAGAGGAGAUGAGCCAUGCAAAGAGCCAGAGUGCCGGCAAAGUGAGCGUUGAAAUGGACGCUGCUCCAGGUGUGGAUCUCACCAACAUUCUCAAUAACAUGAGAGCUGACUAUGAAGUAUUGGCUGAGAAGAACCGCAGGGAUGCAGAGUUGUGGUUCAACCAGAAGAGUGGUGAGCUGAAGAAAGAGAUUUCUGUUGGCGUUGAACAAGUGCAGGCCAGCAAGAGCGAAAUCACUGAGCUAAGACGGUCCCUUCAGAGCUUGGAAAUUGAGCUGCAAUCCCAGAUGGCAAUGAAACAAUCAGUUGAAGGAAACCUGAAUGAGCUACAAGGCUUCUAUUCAGCACAACUUCAACAGAUUCAGAACGCCAUCAGCAGCCUGGAGGAACAGCUUCUCCAGAUUAGGUCUGACAUGGAACAUCAGAACACUGAGUACAAGCUCCUCCUUGACAUUAAGACCCGGCUGGAAAUGGAGAUUGAGACAUACAGGCGCCUGCUGGAUGGAGAACUGGGACAGGUGACCACAGUGUCAAAGGCAAGUUCAGUGGAGGCCAAAACAGAAUCAUCAUCAUCAACAACAACUAGAACCAGAAUGGUGAAGACCAUUGUCGAGGAAGUGGUCGAUGGGAAGGUCGUUUCGUCAACCAUUCAGUAAAUCCAACAUGAUGAGAAAUAAAUGAAAAAAAUGAACAGAAAUUUUCUCUAUGAUCCUGAAAAGCUGCCCAAGGCCAACGCAGAAAUGAUGAUGACAAUUUCUUAUAAAGCAAUAAAAGAUCUUAACGCUA